AGCUGAGACCAGAGCAGAUGAGACCAGACCUCGUAACUUCCUGAUGGCCGGUAUUGGUAUGCAGAACUAUAUGGAAUGAGGCGAGCGCUGAGAUGAUGCUGGCGACCAAUUCAAACUCACUUUCUCCUCUUCUUGCUCAAAACCCUGGACCUUCUGCUGCCAGUGUUCGCAAAGUUUCGAACCUCAUUUUCAGGGCUCUCUCAAAUUCAACGGCUUCUAAUUGUAGGCCCGAACCAAUUUAUGACCACCGGCUCAAUAACUACUCCGGCAUUAGACUAGAGGAAUCGGUAAAAACCAAUUCUAGGAAGCUCAGGCUUGAUUCUUGGAUAUCUUCCCGCAUUGAUGGGGUCAGCAGAGCUCGAGUUCAGUCCAGCAUUCGGUCUAGGCUAGUCUCUGUUAAUGGCCGUAUAAUCGAUAAGGUUUCACAUGCUGUUAAAAGCGGGGAUAAAGUUAGUUGUACUAUUGCUGAAUUGCUGCCAUUGAGGGCAGAAGCAGAAGAUAUCCCACUGGACAUUGUUUAUGAAGAUGACCAUGUCCUUGUUAUUAACAAGCCUGCACAAAUGGUUGUUCAUCCAGCACCCGGCAAUGCUACUGGGACACUUGUAAAUGGAAUUCUUCAUCAUUGUAGCUUUCCCAUAGGGUCAUUCCCCAUUCAGGAAGGGCUUUCUGAUGAUGAGUUGAGUGCCUUUUCUGCCGAGAAAGAGUAUGUUGGGGAUGAUUGUUCUGCCACGGGAGAGGCAUCUAUUCGUCCAGGAAUAGUGCACAGAUUGGACAAGGGAACAAGUGGAUUACUUGUUGUAGCCAAGAACUUACAGGACGAGCAUUCCCACGCCCAUCUGGCAGAGCAGUUCAAGAAUCAUAGCAUUAAGAGAGUCUAUGUUGCUCUAACUUGUGGAAUGCCAACAUCUGCUUCGGGACGCUGUGAUAUCCCAAUAGGUCGUGAUCCAUACAACAGACUUCGCAUGGCUGCUGGCCAUGGUUUGAGCAAAAAUGGGAAAACUCGUCAUGCUGCUAGCAGAUACAAAGUGAUUGAAAUACUUGCUGGUGGUGGUUCUGCUUUGCUUGAAUGGAGGUUAGAAACUGGACGCACACAUCAGAUCCGAGCACAUGCGAAGUACCUCGGCAUCCCCCUGCUAGGUGAUGAUGUUUAUGGAGGAACAAAGAGCAUGGCCCUCUCACUACUUCAGCGCCAUAGCUCUUCUGAGUUUCAUGGGAAACUUCUGCAACUAGUCUCUGGUUUGGAAAGACCUUGUCUCCAUGCUUUAACUAUUGGGUUUACACAUCCAAAAACGGAGGAGAGGGUACACUUCACUCAGCUGCCACCAGCUGAUUUUGCUGAGGUUUUAACUGAACUCCGAACCAUCAAUGCCGAGAAGGUGUCUUGAGUGGAUUAUUCUUGUCAAUCUUGUGAGGAAGUGAAAUAUUCGCACUAUGAGACUCCUCAUCAAAACCACAUUCAUCAACGAAGAUGAGGGAGAGAGGGACAGAUGCUAUUGGCGCAUUGCGUUAUUUUUUGGAUGACUUGAUUAUAUCGGCUGCGACGGAGGUGGUUUUGAUUGUUUUUUUUUUCUUGGAUGAAAAGAAACCUUUGUAGUAGGGGUGGGCCAAGAAGGGCCACUACCCAUCCCAAAUUUGGUUAUAAUUAACUUUGUUUGAAGAAUUGAAGUGUAAAAUCAUUUUAAUGUUCUUUUUAUAAUAAGUUGGCUUUCCCACC